AUGAGGGUCAUGUUUCUUCUCUGUGCCACCUUCUUUGCUUUGAGCGUUGCAGCAGAGCCAAUGGAGGAGCAUGUGCAGGUUCAGCAAAACAAGACUAGAGGCUCUGGGGAGCUGCUGCGUCGGAUAGCAGGAAGGAUGAAUACAUGGCAGGGCUAUGUAACCCCGUCUUCAUACGAAGGCAGUGGGGAUAACGACUGUCCGUUCGACUGGCAGAGAUAUGAGUCGCGAUGUUUCAUCUUCAUCAACAGCCCAAUGGCCUGGAUAAAGGCUGAGAAUUACUGUAUACAAUAUGGUGCCAACCUCGCAUCCAUCCACAACCAAGGGGAGUAUGACUUCAUCCACUACUCUUUAAUGACGAACAGCCCAGCCUGGAUUGGUGGCUAUAAUGCAGUUAGGACCUCAGUUUGGUUAUGGAGUAACGGUUCAGAAUUUAAUGGGAACUGGGACCCACGUAAGACGAUCAGCUUAAGCAGAUGGAGAAGGUGUCUCACCAUAAGUCGUUGGUGGGGUACAGAUUUCCCCGACCUGAUACCUUCCUAUUGUGAAAAGGCGCUUCCCUUUGUCUGUGGAAGAAGACCUGGACCGUUUUACAUGUAA